GUGUUGUGCGGAAAUUUUGUUUGCGUGUGUCCAUUUAGAGCCUCAACCUAAACCCUAGAGAUCUCGAAAAUGGCAAUGCGAAGAUUAUUAUUACUCUCCAGAGCCCUCGCUUCAACUACCACUUCCUCGGUGGCCAGCAGCGUCCACUGUCGCUUUCUCUCAACCGGUGGCAAUACUGCCAAUUCCGGUUCGCACAGCCGUCGCUCAGCUGGAGCCAUCUCUGUCGGUUUCGCCGGAGGGCUCGCUGCUGUCGCGUCGCUGUCGUUUCAAGAGGUCUAUGCUAAGGAACCGCUGCCUGCUAAUUUGGUUCCUAAGGAGGUUGUUCUUUAUCUGCAUGAGGGUGUCCUUGCAGCCGAGGAAGUUAAAGCUUUUCUGGACUAUUAUGAUAUACCAUAUAAAGUCAAGGAAUACAAUCCAGCUAGCUGGCCUGGGUUUAUAAGCCUUUUUAAACAGCGACCAUUAAGUCCCGUAAUGAUGGUGGGUGGUGAACAACUUGUCGGCUCAUCAGUUAUAAUUGAUAAGUUGGCCCGCCAGAUAAUUCCUGAGAAAACGGCUGAUUCAGCUUCUGAAAACGAUGAAGAGACAGAGUGGCUUAGAUGGCUGAAACGAUCUUGGUGGUUAUCUUAUUCGAUAACAUAUUUCGGAAUGCUUCUGAGGCUCGCGAGUACUAUCACUAUCUAAAAGGCAAAUGUAAUUUUAGCUUCCAUUCAAAACUUCUAAAAUAUUUUGGAGGUCAAGUAAUGAUUUUUUCUGUGAAGAUAAGUAGAUUGAUUGUCCAGAACUUUCCAGAUGAACGUGAUCUACUUUAUGAAGCUGUCGAUGCCUGGGUGCAUGGUCUAUAUGGGCGGGAGUUUCUUGGAGGUUUGAAGCCUAAUUCAGCUGACCUUGCUGUGUUUGGAGCAUUAAGAUCGAUUCGUUACUUGAGUUGUGGUAGAGACAUGAUGAGUCACACUCGAAUCGGAGAUUGGUACAGGAGAAUGGAGAUUGCUGUAGGGGAGUCUACACAAAUUAAGACCUAGAACCUAGAAAACUGGAAUAUGACCAUUUGAAGAAUGUAAAGGUCACGGUGGAUAGAUUUGCUUUAUAUUUGAAAAAAAGAAUUUAGAGGAAGACAUUCACACCCAAAUCCUGUCUAUUUCAACAUUUUUAAUAAUUAAAUCUAACUCAUCAAGAGAAGAUCUGGGUUCGAGUUUUU